AUGGUCCAUGGCAAGAGAGUGGCGGAGCUCACCGGGCAGGUGGGGAAGGGCCGCGCGGCCAAAGCUACCCAGCAACAGCAGCAAGCGAUGCUGCGACGUUUGGCUGGCUCGAUGGCCCAGUCCCGGAAAAGCGUCCUCCAAGCGUGGCGUCACUGGCUGGAGGCACAGAAGACGGCAAGAAGGCGGCUGAUGCAGGGCCAUGCCCGAGCUGCCCGGCAGAUGGCGGACAAUGACCAGCCGCUGCUGAUGCUUUUGUUCCAGGGCUUCCGCAUGCUGCUCGUCGAGCGCCGCAUGCGCGUCCAAGCGGCGAAAGAGUGUGGCAUCUACAAAAAGCGUGCUGCGGGCAGAGACCGUGCUUCUGCGGAGAAGACAGCGAUGCA